GUGGUCCUGCAGUCUGCGCAUGGUCCUUUAUCCUAGUUCCCUGUGGGAUUUACACCAUCUUUGCCGAGCGCCUGUGGCAAGAGUGGUUUCCUGUGGUGCCCAUUGCAGCCGCGCUCAUGUUUUUCGUCACGACGAUGCUGCUUUGCCUUACCUGCUGCUCUGAUCCUGGCAUCAUCCCGCGCCGGAAGUUCAUUCUCCAAGCUGGGAUGGAGAAGGAGCUCACCGAGAUGCUAGGUUAUGAAGUCCUUGGCAAGGGCCAGCCUACUGGUCAGCUUGACGUCGAUGGUAGCGCCAUGGUUCCCGAUGAGCUGAGACGGAAGGGCUACAAGUGGUGCCGCACGUGCCAAAUCGUGCGUCCGCCGCGCUCCUCCCACUGUCCUGAUUGUGAUCAUUGCGUGAUGCGCUACGAUCACCACUGUCCUUUCGUGAACAACUGCAUUGGCCAGCGCAACUACAUCUUCUUCGUGGGCUUCGUGAGCUCUGUGGUAUGCUUGGCCAUCGUAGUUCUGCCCGGUAUGGUCUGGUGCAUCCUUACCCCUGUCACGACAUCGGGCCUACCUGGACAGGAGGAGCCAAACAGCGAUGUUGUGAACACAGCGUUGAUGGUUGCCGUGAUCUCGGUGGCCAGUUUAGCUGGCCUUGCAUUUCUCUCCUUGAUCGUCUUCCUUG